GGGUGUGGGCAUUGGCAGAGCGCCGCAGGCUGCAUCCGGCUCGGUGCUGCUGCCGCCGCCGCCGCCCCUACCGCCGCCCAAGGCCCUCGGCGUUCCCCAGAGAGAGACCAGAGCGAUUCCGGGCUGUCUCGGCGCUCGCCCAGGCCUUUAGUUGCUGUUCUGGAAAAUCUUUAGUAAUGGAUCAAAGGAAGAAUGAGAGUAUUGUCCCUAGUAUUACUCAAUUAGAAGAUUUUCUUACAGAACACAAUUCCAAUGUUGUUUGGCUCCUUGUUGCUACCAUUUUGUCCUGUGGAUGGAUUAUUUACCUCACGUAUUAUAAUUCCCGGAAUGUUGGUCUUAUUUUAACACUAGUUCUUAACAGAUUAUACAAGCAUGGCUAUAUCCAUAUUGGUUCCUUCUCUUUCUCUGUUCUUUCUGGAAAAGUCAUGGUUCGUGAAAUCUAUUACAUUACAGAAGACAUGUCUAUUAGAAUUCAAGAUGGAUUUAUCAUUUUUCGGUGGUGGAAAAUGUAUAACCCAAAACAGAAGCAACAUGAUCCGAAGGCAGAAACCAGGUUAUAUAUCACAGUCAAUGACUUUGAAUUUCAUGUCUAUAAUCGUUCGGAUCUUUAUGGACGCCUUCAAGAGCUGUUUGGUUUGGAGCCAACAAUAAUUCCACCCAAGAAAGAAGAUGAUAAAACACGGGAAAAUGGAAGAACAAGAACCCAAUCAAAAAUUGAAAGAGUUAAAGUAAAAACAGAAUCCCAAGAUCCCACAUCUUCAUGGAGAUCACUUAUUCCAGUCAUAAAGGUCAAUGUGAGCACAGGACGUUUGGCCUUUGGAAAUCAUUACCAACCACAAACUCUGUGCAUCAAUUUUGAUGAUGCUUUCUUAACUUAUACUACAAAACCACCUUCAAGUCAUCUUGACCAGUUCAUGCAUAUUGUGAAAGGAAAACUUGAAAAUGUUCGAGUCAUGCUUGUUCCUAGUCCAAGAUAUGUUGGUCUUCAAAAUGAUGAACCACCGAGAUUAAUGGGAGAAGGUUUUGUGGUGAUGCAGUCAAAUGAUGUUGACAUCUACUACUACAUGGAUGAGCCAGGACUUGUUCCGGAAGAAACAGAAGAAAAUAUUGAAGGAGAAAUGAGCAGUGAGGAUUGCAAAUUACAAGACUUGCCUCCAUGUUGGGGACUGGAUAUAGUUUGUGGUAAAGGAACAGAUUUUAAUUAUGGACCAUGGGCCGAUAGGCAGAGAGAUUGUUUAUGGAAGUUUUUCUUUCCACCUGAUUAUCAAGUUCUGAAAGUUUCUGAAAUUGCACAGCCUGGGAGACCAAGACAGAUCCUUGCUUUUGAAUUACGAAUGAAUAUUAUUGCAGAUGCUACAAUUGACUUGCUGUUUACCAAAAAUAGGGAAACAAAUGCUGUACAUGUAAAUGUAGGAGCUGGCUCAUACUUAGAAAUUAAUAUUCCAAUGACAGUUGAAGAAAAUGGUUAUACUCCUGCUAUUAAAGGACAACUCUUACAUGUGGAUGCCACUACCAGCAUGCAAUAUCGGACUCUUCUAGAAGCAGAAAUGUUAGCAUUCCACAUCAAUGCCAGUUACCCCCGAAUAUGGAACAUGCCACAGACAUGGCAGUGCGAAUUAGAGGUUUAUAAAGCCACCUACCACUUCAUUUUUGCACAGAAAAAUUUCUUUACAGAUUUAAUUCAAGACUGGUCUAGUGACAGUGCUCCAGACAUUUUUUCAUUUGUUCCAUAUACGUGGAAUUUUAAAAUCAUGUUUCAUCAAUUUGAAAUGAUUUGGGCUGCUAAUCAACACAAUUGGAUCGACUGCUCCACUAAACAACAGGAGAAUGUGUAUCUGGCAGCUUGUGGAGAAACACUAAACAUUGAUUUUUCUUUGCCUUUUACGGACUUUGUUCCAGCUACAUGUAAUACAAAGUUCUCUUUAAGAGGAGAAGAUGUUGAUCUUCAUUUGUUUCUACCAGAUUGCCACCCUAGUAAAUAUUCUUUAUUUAUGCUGGUUAAAAAUUGCCACCAAAAUAAGAUUAUUCAUGAUACUGGCAUUCCUGUUGAGUGUCAAAGUGGCCAGAAAACAGUUAAACCAAAAUGGCGCAACAUUACUCAGGAAAAGUCUGGUUGGGUUGAAUGCUGGACUGUCCCAAGUGUCGUGCUUACAAUUGAUUAUACAUGGCAUCCGAUUUAUCCACAAAAAGCAGACGAACAACUAAAACAGUCAUUGUCAGAAAUGGAAGAGACAAUGCUAUCUGUAUUAAGGCCAUCUCAGAAGGGAUCAGACAGAGUUUCUUCUCCCUCUACUUCUUCACGCCCACCUAUUGAUCCCUCAGAACUUCCACCUGAUAAACUUCAUGUAGAAAUGGAACUUUCUCCAGAUUCUCAGAUAACUCUCUAUGGACCUCUACUAAAUGCCUUUUUGUGUAUAAAGGUAUGAUUCUUAAAAACAACUUACAUAUUUUUAAAUAUAGACAAAGCAGUUAAAAUUUAAUUGAAAAUUGAGACCAUUUGAAAUAGCCAAUUAGAUUAUUUAAAGUGUUGAGGAUAUACCAUAUAUGUUGACUGGAUGUGGGGUACUAGACUCAAUUACAAAAUUAUUUAUUAAAAAUAGUACUCCUCAGUUCAGCAUUCUUUAGUGCAUUUAGUAUGUUCUAGGAAUGGUGCUAGUUGCUAUAGAUAAAGAUGAUGUAGCAUCUGUUCUCAGGGAGGUAACCUGGAGGGAUAGCUAGGAUAGAUAGAUACAUGGACAAAUUUUAACACAUUAUAAGUAAUAUAGUAAUAGAAGUACUGCAUAUAUCUGAGAAUAAUUGGUAAUGGAAAAGACUACUUCAAUGAAUACAUUAAAAAUAAGUGAUAACGUUUUAUAAGUAAUGAGCAAAUAUUUGUUUGGUGCUUUAUGUGAAAAACUGUAGCAAAUAUAUGAAAAUAAGUUUAUUUCAGAAUGUAUCAAACUUAGGUUCUGAAGAAAUAUGUACUAAUUCUUAGAACAAAGAACCAAUCAAGUGUUUACUCAUUUUGGUAUAGUUUUUUCCACUGUAAUUGUGUGAUUGCAUGGUAUGACAGCACUUUAAAGUUGAUCUCUGUAGAAUGAUUACGAAGAGAGGCUAUUUUUGGAUAAAUAUUUGAGGAGUUCAUCAGUUUUCUGGAGAGCACUGUUAUUCUUUUGAUAUUCAACUCGUAUGUUUUAAACGCCCCCAACAAAUUAUCAACAAUUCUUGUUGAUUUAAUCUUUUUUAUGGUAACUCCUAUAAUGGUUCUUGAUCCUCACUUAUCACCUUUGCCUGUGAUUAGAGGAGUUCUCCAACAUCACUUUCAACAACUUCAAGAAAUUUUGCAUUUCUACAGGAUCUGGCAGAUUCACUUUGGGUAUUGAAUACCUAGGUGACAAGAGAUCCUAUAAUGUACAGUGAUAAAAGUAAUUAAUUCUGGAGAGGGACCAGGAUGUUCAGAGUUGAUCAGGGUAGCACAAUCAAGGUUUGUUAGUAAAGGCUCUCUGGAGGAAGUGCUGGCUGAACUGGAUUUGGAAGGUAUAUAGCAUCUCAAUAUUUGAGUUAUUAUAUUGUAUUUACUAAAAACCACCAUAAAGCAUUAGAUGUUGUAACUUAAUAUAAAAGAUGCAAGGGAAAAUGUGGUUAAUAUUUGUAGAUGCCUAGAGUUUCUGUUGGUAACAGACACACUUUUCUUCCUUCUUGUGACCAUCGUUUGACCUAAAACGUAUGUCAAAUAUUUCUCCCAUUAUCUUACUUUCUUGGGAUUGCAUGUGAAUAACUAUAAAGGAUUUAAAAGGCAAUUUUCAAGCUAUAGUAUUCCUGAAGACGCUGCAUUAUGUUUUACUUAAAUACAAGUAAUGAUUUAAUUAGUAGGUGAGGGUAGUAAUAGUGAUACAGUAUCAGUUUUCAAAUACUAUUAGAGUGGUAAAGUUACAUUUUUGCAUUACUGUGUACACAUGGAGCCUCAGUUUUAUUUUUUAAAAACUGAUAGGAACACAUAUUCACCAAAAAUAAGGGGACGCUAACAAACAGAAUACAUUGAAAGAAAUAUAUGCCUUCAUUUUAGACUUCCUUCUAAGUUCUACUCCACAGAUGUAGCCAUUGCUGAUAGAUUAUUGUUUUCAUACAGACUUUUGUGCAUUAAAGGCUUUAUAACAACUUUUUAAUGGUUUCAAGAGUGUGACUGGCCCUAAAUAUUGUAUUAGUAUUUACAU